AAUUAAAAUGGAGCCAUUGUAACCACCAGGAAAAAAGGUGUAUGAAUUGGACGUCGUGUCGUGUCAUGUGUGGGUAAAUACGACCAAUGCAUCACAAGGGAACGCGUAAAAAGGAGACUGUCACGACGAGGAUGGUACAUAUUCCUUUCUGAAGGUGAAGAAACGGUGGAUCUAUUUACGACCAUGAUAAAUAAAUAAGUAUGUACGCGUUCUUCUGGAAGGGAUGAAUCACUCCUGAGAUUUUGCCAUCGCUCAGAUGCCCAAGUUGAGAUCACUUCACUGCGAGGAGAGCAUCUCGAAGGGCAGGGACGCUGUGGUUGUGGUCGCACACAUUUCCAUCAAGCUGCAGAGUGGUCCUGUGUUAAGGGACAAUUUUUACGUGAAUCUUUUCUACCCUCAAGCCUUACAUUUUUAACCCAAUGUUGCAAUUUUUCGCGUCGAAACAGUUUUAGGGCAAGAAGUAAUAUGUGCAAAAUUUAAUUUCGAUUUAUAUUGGGUAGUGGCUGUGGUAUUAAAUUCUCUGGGUAUGAGAUUUUCAUGCAGAAUCGUAGUGACGUAUCUCUUUGCAAGUAACUUUUUUUUACAUAUAUUUUGUAAACCGGAAGUUUGUAUUUGCAAUUGUUUGAAUUUGUAAUUUUUCCACGUCGAAAUAAAAUAAAAUUUAGUAAGAACAAUUCUAAAAUUUUUUUAUAAAAACCAAUCGUGUCAAUUUUUAGGUCAAAAGCUUAUUUCGGACUAGUUCCAUUUGCAUGAUUACUUGAUUUAAUUAAGAAGUGGAAGUUCUCCUGGUUCUAAAAUGGGGAGAAGUAGCGAGACUAACACCAACAUCAACAACAAUGUGGUUGAGGAGAAGCGCGUGGGUGUGGUGGGAGGGGGGCGAACCUACGUGUGCACCAUGACAGGGCCCUUCGGCAUGGAGAUGCAUCACUGGAACCGGAUCUGGCUGUCCACCGCGCACAUUCUGGGCUUCCACGGCUGGUACAUGAUCGCCCUGGGAUCCGUCCCCAGAAGUGUCCUCGCCCUUUUUUUUCCGCUGGGCUACUUCGCCGGGAUGGGGAUCACUGUGGGGUGUCACAGAUAUUGGGCGCACAGAACUUUCAAGGCCACCUUUCCGCUCCAGGUCUUGCUAAUGUACGCUCAAACCAUGGCGGCGCAGUACCCGAUUUUCAAGUGGUGUCGAGACCACAGGAUUCAUCACAAGUACACGGAAACCUCGGCCGACCCACACAACGCAUCUCGUGGCUUUUGGUUCGCCCACGUGGGAUGGUUGUUGGAGCGGAUGGACCCUGCCGUGCAAGAGAAGGAGGCCACCCUUGACCUCACCGACCUCGACAAUGACCCCGUCGUCAGAUUCCAGACAAAGUACUACUGGCCGCUGUUGGUUCUGAGCAUGUACCUUGUUCCGAUCUGGAUAUUUCAUAGCGUGUUUGGCUCGUUGGGGGUGUACGAGUUGGUCUGCGUCAACUACGCCAUGUACAUCUCCACACUCCACAUCACUUGGCUCGUCAACUCUGCGGCACACCUCUGGGGAUCAAAACCGUACGACAAGGGUAUUUACGCCUCCGAGAACGGUCUCGUCGCCCUGCUGGCCGUGGGGGAGGGAUGGCAUAACUAUCACCACGUGUAUCCUCAAGAUUACAAGGCAGCCGAGUUGGGUGCCUACGGGCGCAACUGGUCGGCCCUCUUCAUCGACACGUUUGCAGCGCUGGGGAUGGCGUACGACCUCAAAACCGUGGCUCCCCACGUCGUCCGCGCCAGGGUCAAGAGAACCGGCGACGUCAAGCUCCACGACGAGCUACUCGGCAACCAGGACGAGGGGGACGCGGAGUGCGAGAGUGAGGAUGACGAUGAGGGGACGCGCCUGCCCCCGUGGGGAUGGGGCGAUCCCGACAUUCCCCUCAAACACCUCGCUGUCACCCAAACCUUGCGACAGUCCAAAGCUGCCUAGGCCCGUCUCAAUUCAUACUUUUAAAUUAUUCCUUGUCUUGUGAGUCAGGAGAAGAAAAGUUCUAUUUUUUUUGCGAGACUAUUAAAUUUUUUUGGCUUA